AUGCGCGUCUUAACCAGAAGCAUACAACCUCUCUCGGCAGCUUUUACUCUUCCAAAACAUAGCAAUCGCAUUCAGAUUUCGAGUGCAACUCUAGCGCCGACAUGGACGCGGUCAUUCCAUGCAUCGGCGAAUCUGAGAGUCGUCGACCUUGCGUACCGGCUUCAUGAUGACUCUGGCAAGGCCGAUGGAGAUCCGAUUGUAAUUGUACACGGGUUGUUCGGAAGCAAGAGGAACAACCAGGGUGUUGGAAAUGCACUUGCGCGCGUCCUCAAGCGGCCCGUAUAUGCCAUCGAUACACGAAACCACGGCGAAUCCCCGCACGAUAAGGUCCACAACUACACCGCACUCGCCGAAGACGUAGAAGCCUUCCUCGAGAAGCACGAGCUGAAGAAUGCGACGCUCAUAGGACACUCGAUGGGAGCAAAGGCAGUCAUGACCAUGGCUCUGAGGAACCCAGACUGCUGCGCCAACAUCAUACCCGUGGACAAUGCACCAGUCGAUGCGGCCUUGUCGAGCGACUUCCCAAAGUACGCAGAAGGCAUGCAGCAUGUCGAGAGGUCGCAGCCUAAGAGUCAAAGAGAGGCCGAUAAGCUUAUGGAGCCUUACGCAAAGGACCUUCCAGUUCGUCAGUUCCUCUUGACUAACCUCAUGAGAGGCGAACCGGGCGCACCCCUCAAGUUUCGCAUACCUGUGAGCAUUCUCACCAAGGCGCUCGACAAUAUGGCAGACUUCCCCUUCACCAACCCGGACGAGACGUCGUUCAGCAAGAGAGCGCUCUUCAUUCGAGGCACCAAGAGCCACUAUGUUAGCGACGAGACGCUUCCGAUCAUCGGUCGUUUCUUCCCAAGGUUUGAGUUGGUCGACAUAGAUUGCGGACACUGGGUCAUUAGUGAGAAGCCUGAGGAGUUCAUCAAAGCGGUUGUGGAGUUCUUGCAGGAGAAGGAAUAG